AUGCUGACAACAAUACUUUAGUCUAUAAAACCCUGAUUUCUCUCAGUUGGAUAUGAACGUUUAUAACAGGCACAGCAACAGAGCGCUGUCUUUUGUGUUAAAUAUAAAGUCUAUUUUUUCUUAAGGUUUUACAGCGACUUGCUUCACACAGAGUGUGUACAACUGAAGCCCAGAUUUAACAAAAAUCCCUUCAGGGUUUUAUUAAGGAAAUCAGAAACAAUGAGGACCGUGACUCUCCUUGUGUGUUUUGGAAAUAUAUUUGUAGCAUUACAGGCCAGUGAUCAGCAUUCAGCAUUCCCUGUAAUCACGCCGUAUGAAACAGCUUCCCCUGGUCUUUCGGCACUGGAAAGACAGCAAUCCAACAUCUCGGUUCUUCCAACCCGAGCAACGGGAGAAAAAAAAGCACUGCCCCCCAUGUGCUUAGAGUCUGCUGGAAUCAGAGAUGCCUUCAAAUAUGUCAACAUUAUGGUCUCUGUGGUGGUGUUUGUUGUUGGAAUAGUGGGGAAUUCUGCUCUUUUGAAAGUCAUAUAUGCAAACAAAACCAUGAGAAGUGGACCUAACAUUAUCAUUGCGAGCCUUGCUGUGGGGGAUCUGAUCCACAUUGUGAUAGACAUUCCAAUCAACUCAUACAGGCUCCUGGCGGAGGAUUGGCCAUUCGGUUUAAUAAUAUGCAAACUUGUCCCCUUCAUCCAAAAAACUUCUGUUGGGAUUACUGUGUUGAGCUUAUGUGCCUUGAGUGUUGACAGAUACCGCGCUGUUGUAUCCUGGAAUCAAAUCAAAGGCAUCUGGGUUUCUGUGCGGACAACGAUUGAAAUAACCCUGAUAUGGGUUUUUUCCAUCCUGCUGGCUGUCCCUGAAAUUGUUGGCUUUGAUAUGAUAACAAUGGACUAUAAAGAGAAGCAUCUGAGGAUAUGUCUGCUUCACCCCAUCCAAACCACACAGUUCAUGCAGUUCUAUAAAUCUAUAAAGGACUGGUGGCUCUUUGGCUUUUACUUUUGCAUGCCACUAACCUGGACUGCAAUUUUCUACACGCUGAUGACCAGGAAGAUGUUGAGAAACACAGAGAAUACAUUGAGUGACCACAUUAAACAGAGACGAGAAGUCGCCAAAACUGUCUUCUGCCUGGUUACUGUGUUUGCGCUGUGCUGGUUACCCCUGUACCUCAGCAGAAUCCUGAAAUGGACCAUCUAUGAUGAGAAGGAUCCUAACAGGUGCCAGUUACUUAGCGCCUUCCUCAUCCUUGACUAUUUCGGCAUUAACAUGGCUUCUCUGAACUCCUGCAUCAACCCUAUUGCAUUGUACAUCGUCAGCAAAAGAUUCAAGAGAUGUUUUAAGGCAUGUCUGUGCAGUCUGUGUUUGCCUCUUCAAGCCCGUGCCAGCGAUGAAGCACAGUCUGUUUUGAAGUCCAGAAUGCAGGAUCAAGCCUCAGAGCAAAGCAGCAACAUCAAAGCUCACAAGGAGCCUCCACCUGUUAACACCUUACUGUGUUAACAAAAGUCCUGUGGAACCGUGAAAAUACUUUUUGAUCUAGUCUAUCGUUCUUCAAUAAAUAAGUAUGGCGUUCAAAACAAAUACCAAACCGGGGCCUCCUGUCUGCAGCUCGACAGCCUCCGACAUGCCAAUCCAUAAACGCAAGGAGCCUCUGAAUAACACGGGGCACUGUCUUUUGUAAUGCUGUCGUCAGCUGAACAUCUGCUUUGGCGUGAGCAACCUGGAGUGAGACUGUUCACACUAUUAUUUGCCCCUGAGGCCUGACUCGCUUCCAACCAUUACGUCAGGCUUCACCUUGUACCUUUCCUGUAUCAUGCAUCACACUCCUUAAAUCACUGUUUUGGAUGCAGUGUCAACUUGGCAGCCAUCAACAUGUAUCCUG